AUGCUUGCCGUGCACCAAAAAGUCUUGAAGUAUGCCGGCCAUCCUCCCUUUGAACACCUGCCCAUUAGAUUUUGUUCUCAAAAUGGGGAUUACAUCAUACUGGACUACAGUUGGUCCAGCUUCGUGAACCCAUGGAGCCGGAAGGUUUCUUUCAUCAUCGGUCGCCAUAAAGUGCGAACGAGUCCAUUAAACAAGGAUGUUUUUGCCACCAGAGUAAAAAAGAUGAGCAGUGAUGACAAAGACAUCACAGAAUUACGAGAACAAAUUCAGAAACUUCUCUUACAGCCUAUUCACGGGAGCAUGUCCAGUGGCUACGGGAACCUGGGGAGCAGCAGGUCACAGGAGCCUCAGGUCAGCCUCGUGUCCUCCAGUGAGUCUAGCAGGCACGGCAUGGAUGAGGUGCCGAAGGCACUGCAGGUCUGUGCCAGUGUGAACAAGAUCAAGAAUCUAGGUCAGCAGCUCCACAUCAAGUCGAGGGCCAAGUCAGCAAACAAGCCCCUGUUGGGAGCCCGCUCAGGACGGCCUGGGGCUGUUUCCCAGAUCCCAGCUGUACCUGCAUCAGAAAUUCCCACUAAUGGACAGUCCACAGACGCUGAAGGAGGAGCUCCAUGGACCCUGAGCACAGCGACUCUGAGCCUGGACACAAGCCAGUGCAGCUCCAGCAGUGUCUUUGUCGACAUCCCACCACCAGACUCAGGAGGUUCUGUUUCCAGGCUGACAAGAUCAGCUGGUUGCAAGAAGGGGAAACACAAGCGUAAGAAGCCUCUUGUGUGGUUGGACGGCAGGAGCGCCAAAGAUCACUUCUGUCCCCACCAGGAUGGACCGCCCUGGUGCCCCUCCUCCGCCUCCUGUCCCCGGGCCUCUAGCCCCUUGCUCCCAGCUGCAGUGAUGGUUCCCAGCUCAGCCCCUUGCCUCGUCCCAGCUCCUCCCGUCCCAGCCACGACCUCCCUUGGCAGAGAACAUGAAGCCUCGGUAACUGUACUGCCAAGGCUGCCUGAGCCACCCUUGCCUAGCAGCCUGCAGUAUUUCCCAGCUCUGCCUUCUGCUCACUUUGACACUUUUAUGAACAUCUUCCUGCAUAAUCCCUCUCUCUCUCCCCUCUCGUCAUCAUCAUUCUCCCCAUAUCCCUUCUUGGGAGCAGCACCCUCUUCGGAAAUACUCUCUUCGGUAUCAGCAGUGGCUCCAAACCCAGGCCCACCAUCUUCAACCAUCAACCCAAGGAGCAGAAAGGAGAGGUGGGAGACAUGGAAUGAAGGACGCCCCCUCAUUAACUCAGGGAGCAGCUCCCUGCUCCAGCUUGACCUCCUGCAGGGGGACAGGCCCCGAUCCUGUGUAUCCCCAGAAACUGUGUGUCAGGGUGUCAGUGGCAGCGGUGGGACUAAGAUAGAUGGUUUUACUACCAAGAAACCAUCCAUAGCAUCACUGCACUCGGCAUCUCCACCAGGAAUGGGCUCUGCAGCAUCAGGAAGUGGUGACAGCUGUAUAAACUUUGCUUCUAGUGAUUAUUCUUCAGAAAUCUCUCAAAAUGGGCAGCAAUCUCAGGACAUACAGAAAAAAGAAACAUUUCCUAAGUUAGCUGAAGAGUCCAUCUGGAGAAUGAUAAAGCAGACACCUGACUGCAUUCUAAUGACGUAUCAGGUGCCUGAGAGGGUUAAAGAAAUUGUACUGAAAGAAGACCUAAAGAAGCUGGAAAGCAUGAGACGGCAGCAGCCACAGUUUUCUCUAGGGCAGAGGGAGGAGAUAGCCAACGUGCGUUCCUGGAUUCGGUGCCGGACGAUCCCUCAGGAAAUAGACACCCAGGGCUGUGUCACCUGCGGACACAGAGACUCAGCUGGUGAUGCUGCAGACCCCAAGGUCUGGAUCCAACAGAAGCAGCAGCCAAGUGACUCUGAAGAAGGACCUGCACUGCCUCUCCAGACCUGCUGGACUGUUCCUCCUCCCUGUGAUUCUUUCUGA